AUGAAUCACAAACCACUACAGUAUGAAAGUUUGAAAGCCGUCCUUCUAAAUAUGGAUGCAAACGUUAGAUUCCGAAUCUCCCAUCGAUUACCAUCUAUCCGAUCCGUCGAAAAAUUCGUGCCUCUCAAAAUUAGAUAUCUAGAUCUCGAUGAGAUUCGGACUAUUGUCAACGAUCACAUCUAUCGAUUUGGAGUUUAUCGAGAAUACAAUACAGGAGAAGAAGUUCCCAAACUGAUUCAGGAUGAUAACGACAAGGGCGGAGUUCAGCAUGAUUUGGAUCGAUAUGGAUUCCAAAUUUCUCCAGGUCAUUCAGUUUUGGAUCCGGGAGACGUUCUGCUGGGAGACUUGAGAGAUAAAGUUCAGUACGACACACCCGGACUAGAAUGCGAUUUAGAAGCUAAAAUCAACCGUUAUGAGAAAGCAAUAUUCCUUCUGAACAACCCAGAAAAAAUCGAAGAAGAUCCUGAAGAGGAUUUAGUCAGAUAUGAAGAUAUGAUGGAAUUCUUAAGGCUGGAAGCAGAAAUGAAGCGUCCAGUAGAAAGUUUAAAAACAGAUUUGGAUUAUUCACGGACUGAUUUUUUGCCUUUCGAAUGCCGUCGCUACAAUCGCGAACCACCGUAUACAUGCUACAUUCAGCUGACUGUUCACUCUCCGAGUGGAAAGCAAAUUCAUCGUCUUCCGUAUAGAAUGAAAUUGUAUGAAGCUGUGAAACGAUUGAACACGUUUUUAUUUGGAGGAAGACGCUCAACACUGGCUGUGAUGAGAUUUCAACUCGAUACAUCUAGUACAGUUCUGAGGCUUCCAGUUGGUUUCCAAGUCAAGAUGAAGUAUCUCUCCAGUUCGCGUGGUUUGAGAGGUCCUUACGAUGGUGUUAUUUCGAUGAUUGAUCAAGAAUGCGUAUCACUAUCUGAAAUUCAAAUACAUGUUUAUCGAGAAAGUGAUCUCGAAUAUCCUUUUAUUCGGAGUGCGAAAAAGUUAAUCAUUCAAAAUACGAGCCGUCGACGAGAAAUGAUUCCAGCUCUCAUUAAUCUUCCCAAUCAUUUGAUUUCUUUGGUUAUUUCUGAUCCAGAGUUUACUGCUGAGAAUUACUUUGAACUUGUGCAGAACUGGCGGAUCAAUGAUCGACCAGUUGGAAGUUGUUUUUCAAUUGGAAUCCAACAAGAAGUGGAACCAGUGAAUGCUCUAUUUAAAAUGAUGACAGAACGCUGGGAGGAAACGAAGAGGAACGAUCGAUAUGUUUCAAUUCCAACAAGAAAUGGUAACAUACUGGAAGUACUUUACGAGCCAAAAGAAGAGCCUCGCUCUAGAGACCAAUGGGAGUUCUCAUACCCCGAUAACUGGAUAUUCAGGGCUCGAAUCAUCGAAAGGGAAUGA